AUGCUAAGAUCAACUUUCAACUCUUGGAGAGAAUACCUAACACCAGCUUAUCAUACAUCCACAUUCAAAUCCACAGGUGAAAUCACACCAGAGGAGUUUGUAGAAGCUGGUGAUUAUUUGGUGUAUAAAUUCCCAACAUGGCAAUGGUCCCCAGCUCCACCAAGUAAGAAGAGAGAUUUUUUACCUGAUGAUAAACAAUUUUUGGUUACUAAAAGAGUUCCUUCAUACGUUAGAGCUUCUGAAUAUUUAGGUGUUGGUUUUGAUGAUGAAGAGGAAGUUGAUGAAGAUGGCUGGACAAAGACCAGAAAACCAAAUGUUGGAACAAGAGAUGAAAAAGCUAAAACAAAACCUGAAGAAGAGGAAGAAAUUGAAGAAAUUGAUGAUUUAAUUGAUGAAAAUGCUGAAGAAGAUGAGGAGGAUGAAGGUGAAGUUACAGCUGGUUCAGCUUCAAACCCAAAUAAAAGAUCAUAUGAUUUGUACAUCCAUUAUUCAACUGCUUAUAGGGUUCCAAGAAUGUAUUUGAUUGGAUUUGAUUCAAAUGGGAGCCCAUUAACUCCGACUGAAAUGUUUGAAGACAUUUCUGAAGAUUAUAGAGACAAAACUGUCACAAUCGAAAAAGCACCAUUUUUAGAUGAUACAACUUCAAUUUCAAUUCAUCCUUGUCGACACGCAGCAGUUAUGAAAGUCCUAAUAGGUAAGGCAAUACAAGCUACAAAGCAAAAACAAGCAAAGGAUAAGAAAACUGAACAAGAAUUGAUGAAAGGUGUAAGUAAAUUAGGAUUAGCUGAUAAUAAAGAUGAAGAAGAAUGGGAACAAUUAGAUGAACAUGAUACAAAUGGUGAAGUGGAUGACGUUGUUAGAGUUGAUCAAUACCUCAUUAUUUUCUUAAAGUUUAUAACAAGUGUUACACCUGGUAUUGAGCAUGACUAUACUAUGGAUGCCUUUUAA